CGACCUGUCGAGCAACUUCCUGUCGGGCCCCUUGGACCCGUUCAUCUCGCCGCUCACCGGCCUCACCGCCCUCAAAUACCUGGUGAUGAGUUACAACUUUUUCUCGGGCUCCAUCCCCUCCACCAUCUCAGCCAUCAAGAGCCUCUACAUGCUGAGCCUGGGGUGGAACUACCUCACAGGCACGGUCCCGGUGCCAGGCACAGCACUGCAGGUGCUGGAUCUGGAGAACAACUGGCUGAACGGCAAGUUCCCCUCCACCGCCAACUGGUACUUCUGCACGGCGCGCGCCAACUGCUUCAACGACCCCACGCCCUGCAAGAACAACAACAACCAGGGCAUCACGCAGCGGCCCUCGUGCGCUAUUUGCAACAGCGCGGAUGCCACAGGCACCCUGUGUGGCGGCACAGUUGCCUGCCAGCCUGACCCGGCUGCCGUGAAGGCUGUUACGGCCGUUCCAACGACCUCCACCCCCGUGCUCGCCCUCACCUGCCCACCUGUUCCGCCUGUCACCACCGACGCCACUGCAGCAUCGGCGCUGAUGAACAUCAAGACGGCGCUGGGAGUGACGUACACCAACUGGGCGGCCUCCUCCACCUGCAAUGCUGUCGGCAGCUCCGGCGGUGGUGGCUUCUCCGGCGUUGAGUGCAACAGUGCGGGCCAGCCCGUCAAGAUCACCCUGGACAGUCAGAAGUUGUCUGGCAUUCUGCAUGCUGACAUCACCAAGCUCACGGCACUCACGUUUAUCUCACUCAAGUCGAACCUCUUCAAGGCACGUCUGGAGGAGUUUGGCAGCAAGAUUCCGUUGCUGCCCAACCUCGCAGUGCUCCUACUCGACUUCAACUGGUUCUUUGGCAGUCUGUCCCCGGCGCUCAUCGGCAUGCCCAAGCUCACACGCCUUGGCCUGUCCUACAACUACCUCACAUACCGCGUGCCGCCACUGGCGGCAGGGCUCAAGGACAUCGACGUGGGCUUUAACUUCCUCUCAGGCUCCUUCCCGGCCAACACCGCCACAUCAUGCGGCGCCAACAACAACUGCUUCCAGGCCGUGACUGGGUGCACCACCAAGGGCACGGCGCAGCGCACCACAGGGUGCAGCUUCUGCCUCUCGGACACAGCGCAGGGCAUGCUGUGCUACGGCCGCGGCAUCUGCACCGUCGAUGCCUCUGCGCCCUUCGCGGCUGGCACGCCCAAUGCUGUUGGGGCCGCCACGCUGCCGCUGGCUUGCGUUAAUGUUCUGUGCGCCACUGCCUCGCCUGUCAUGUUGCCCUGCUCGCGCGGGAUGGAGCUGCCGGCGAGCGAGGUGGAUCCGAAGACGGCAAUGGAGCACGGCCGGCGCCUCGUGGAGGUCAUGCUGCGGCCCGUCCUCGCCUACGCCAAGGCCAAACACGUCCACUGCAGUGCAGCGUUGGAGCGCAACGACUCGCGCGAUCAAGGGCUGUGCGCGGCAGCCAGGCGAGCCAACGCUGACCGCGUCUACAUCGCCGCCCGCAAGAAGCUGCUGAGCUGGUCAUCAUCCUCAUCGGCGUACCAGUCACUGCUGCCGCCGUCAUGCACGCUGGUGGUGGCGCACGGCUCAAAGAAGAUGCACUCGCUGCCCGGCACGGGGGGCAUGCAAGCCACCUUCCCCGUGCCGCCCAACGCCUUCAUUGCGUGUCGCUUCAACGCCUCUGCCGCCUCCUCGCUGCACUCGCCCGACUCGGGCGCCGCCACGCCGGACUCCUCGCACCACAACGGAGCGCUGCCAGGCAGCCACCUGGCGUCGUCCUGCUCGUCCCCCGCCGCCCACCGCACCAUGCCCACAUCCCUCUCCGCUGCCAGUGACACCUCCGCGCCCGCCUCCUCGCCCCCGCCCAGCCUGCACUCCAGCGGCCAGUUCUCCGUGCCCGGGGCCGCACCCGAGUGCACUCCCCCCGACCCCUCCACCCUGCCCGCCCCGGGCAGCCCCCUGGGCGACGGCGCUGCCCGCGUGGCCCACAGCGCUGCUGCUGGCUCUGACAGCUGCUCGCCCUCCAGCGGCACUCCCGGGGCAUCCACGCCGCUGCACGCGCAGGGACUGGCGGCGGCAGGCAGGGAGGAGGGCGCGGCAGAGGGCGCAUGGGAGUCGCCUGUGAGGGGCAGCCUGGCGUCCAUGUCGCUGGGAGCCAGCCCGCUGGGGGCCAGCCCGCUGGGAGCCAGUCCCCUGGCAGCCAUGUCAGCCAGCUCACACCCUGAGGGAAGAGCAGCGAGGCAGUCACUGGACGCGGACCAGCAGAGCGCUGAGAGGUUCCGCCGCUGCUCCUCCGACGUGGGCAUGACCCGCCCCUCGGGCCUGCCGCCCAUCCGGUCGUCAGCAGCGGGCGCGCAGGGCCCCAGGGAGCACACGCGCGCCGCCUCGUCCAACGCGCUCACGCUGGACGCCGCUGCUGCCGCCGCCGCUGCAUCGCGGCUGUCCCCGGCGCUGAACGGCAGCACGGGGCGGCGCGGCAGCAUGGAGCCGCUGGUGGCGCUGCAGGAGGACAGGGAGGUGGGCGGGCAGGCGGGGAGGAGCAGGGGCGAGGAGAGGGAGGAAGGUGGGAGUGGGUCGCGGUCGCUGGCUGACGAGCUGGCUCGGCUGGACGAGGAGGAGGGCGCUGCGGGCGGGGGCGAGCGUUGGGAGGGCAGGGCUGUCAGCAGCAACCGCCUGGCAGAGAAGGGAAUGGAGGCAGCGGGGGGGGACAGUCGAUCUGGGCGGCAGUCGGUGUCGCAGCAGCGCGCGCUGCACCUGAGCGGGCCGCACAACCGCCACUGGACUCAACACGACGACGCCUCCUCCACGCCUGUUGCUGGCCAGCCUGCAGGCGUGGGGGGUGGGGCAUCAGCGGUAGCAGGGGUGGGGGGUGCGGGGGGGUUUGAAGGCUUGUCCACGGAGCUGCACUCGGGUGCGGCCACGCGCUCGCGGGACUUCUCCAACCGCUUCUCCUGGCAGCGCUUCCACGCGCACUCCUCUCAGACCGCCGGCAGCGGCGGUGCCGCGGGGCUCUCCAUCGGCCGCACCUCCUUUGGAGGCGGCCCGCUCAGCCCGCGCUCCGCCGCGCAGCUGAUGAGCGAGGGCGGCAUUGACUGCCGCCUCUUCACCCCGCAGCAGCUGGAGCGCGCCACAGGGGGGUACGAGGAGAGCAACCUGCUGGGGCGCGGGUCGUUCGGCAUGGUGUUCCGCGGCGAGAUGCUGGGGUGCAAGGUGGCGGUGAAGCGGCUGGAGGGGCAGGGGUGGCAGGGGCCGGAGGAGUUCCACAUGGAGGUGGAGGUGCUGAGCCGCAUGCGCCACCCCAACAUCGUGCUGCUCAUGGGAUGCUGCGUCGAGGAGAUGGCGCUCGUCUACGAGUUCCUCCCGGGCGGCACGCUGCAGGACAAGCUCGGCCCGCCCAAGUCCCCCGAUGCAGCGCCGCUGCCGUGGGUGGAUCGGCUGCGCAUCCUGUCGGAGGUGGCGUCGGCGCUGCUUUACCUGCACCAGAACGAGCCGCCCAUCGUGCACCGCGACUUAAAGCCCGACAACAUCCUGCUGGACGGGCACCUGGCGAGCAAGAUCGGCGACGUGGGGCUGGCGCGGCUGCUGCAGGCGGACGACAGCGUGACGAUGAAGGUGCGCGGCACGGCGGGGUACAUCGACCCCGAGGAGGUGGAGACGUGUGAGAUCAGCGUGCUGUCCGAUGUGUAUGCGCUGGGGCUCAUCAUGCUGCAGCUGCUCACGGGGCAGCGCAGUGUGCGCGCCGUGCACCGUCUGCUGGCAGAUCUUCAUGACUUGGCCGCCAGGGACGGGCGCGGACGGGCAGGGGACGGCGCGGUGACGGGCGAGGCGCUGCUCAAGUACCUGGACAGCUCGGCGGGCGACUGGCGGCUGGACCUGGCGGAGAGGGCAGCGAGCAUCGCGCUGCAGUGUGCGGAGCGCAGGAGGGAGAGGCGGCCCGACCUGGCUGAGGUCAUCCACCCAGCUCUGGCUGAGAUUGCAAAAGAGGCACUGGCGGAAGAAAAGAGACGGAAGAAGAGGAUUGACUCGCAAUUCAUUUGCCCAAUUUCGAAGGAAAUUAUGCGCGACCCUGUGGUGGCAGCUGAUGGUUUCACGUAUGAGAGGGAGCACAUUGCACGCUGGAUGGCCACAUCCGGUGUGUCUCCAUCCACUGGUCAGCAACUGCAGCAUACAUGCCUAACACCCAACAAUGUACUCAAAAGCCUAAUCCAGGCCCAUAAAUUCCAGUGA